GGGUGCCGCUCGCAGUCCAGCCCGGCCCGGCCCUGCCCUGCCCGGCGCGGCGGCGUGAUGUGAGCGCCCGAGGUCCCCCUGCACGCCAGUUUCGCGAAGCCGGCCCCGGCGUGCGCUAGGAACGUGUUGUGCUGACAGGAGGCGAGAGCUGGCACUCCACUCAUCUCUGCGUCUCCCUUGCCCAGCGCGGUGCCUGGCACACACCCUUCCACAGAGGCCGGGCUCCAGGACAAGAUGGCAGCCAAGCAGCCCCCGCCUCUCAUGAAGAAGCACAGCCAGACCGACCUCGUGAGCCGCCUGAAGACCCGCAAGAUCCUCGGUGUGGGCGGCGAGGAUGACGACGGGGAGGUGCACCGCUCUAAGAUCAGCCAGGUCUUGGGCAAUGAAAUCAAGUUUGCUGUUCGGGAGCCUUUGGGACUGAGGGUCUGGCAGUUUGUUUCUGCUGUGCUCUUCUCUGGCAUUGCCGUCAUGGCCCUGGCCUUCCCUGACCAGCUCUAUGACGCAGUCUUUGAUGGAGCUCAGGUGACCAGCAAGACCCCCAUCCGCCUCUAUGGGGGUGCACUCCUCAGUAUCUCUCUGAUCAUGUGGAACGCUCUCUACACGGCCGAGAAGGUUAUCAUUCGCUGGACGCUGCUCACCGAAGCCUGCUACUUCGGGGUCCAGUUCUUGGUGGUCACCGCCACGCUCGCCGAGACCGGCCUCAUGUCCCUGGGGAUUCUGCUGCUCCUGGCCAGCCGCCUCCUUUUCGUCGCCAUCAGCGUUUACUACUAUUACCAAGUCGGCCGAAAACCCAAGAAAGUCUAGCUGACCACUGGGCGGGGGCCCUUCUGGGGCAAGGAGGCCCUGGUCCUCAGUUUCCCUUUGGUUCAUGGAAGGCAGGAAGGACCCUGCCCUGCCCCAGGCAGACAGGAGUGGCCCCCUUCCUUCCUCCCGGGCUCUCCCCGAAUGCUGUGAUCAGGGCUUUCAGGUUUGAGGAGGGACAGGGCCUCUGCACCCCUGUUCUUUGCCCCACACCAGGACGCCUCUUUUCUUGAGCCUCUUGGUCUCCGGAUCCCCUGGACAGACACGGACUGAAGAGCCUGCAUCACGGGGUAUCGGGCUGAGGCGAGGCCCCGCCCCUCUGCCCGGAGGCCCUUCUUUCUUUGGAGAGAGGCUGUGGGCUGCCUUCUUGUCCUCCCCCUCCACCCCCAGCCAACCUAGUGCCCAGGCAGCUGGAAAACCCAAGAACUUGACCUUGUGCCCCUACUCCUUGUGGGCCCUCCCACAUGUGGGGGCCCCUCUCCACCCCUAAACGCAGGCACCUAUCCCCCCCACAGCCCAGCCGCAGGCUGACGGGUGGGGGUGGCUGUCUUUGAGCUGGCGUUUGCCCACCUCACAGGAAGGCCGCAAGCAGCAGAGCCCUGUCCCGGCCACCACGGGCUCUCCAGGGCCUCGAUCCAGGCUGCUCUGCCUCCACCCCAGCUCCUGGAGGCGCCUAGGAGCCCCCCUCGCCCAACUGGCCUGGGUCCAGAGGCUGCCAGAGGCCUCACCCUCAGGCUGGCCUGACGUGGACACGCAGAUCCACCUGACAGUGAUGGGGCUUGGAGAUGAGAAGAAAAGCCUCGGAACCUGGCAUGUUCUCCAGGGUCUGAUGCUCACCUGGCUUAGCCCCUCCCCUCCCCUUCCCCCUCCCCAGGGUGCUGCCCUCUGGACCUCCAGCCUGGGCUGCCCCCAGGGUCUGGCAGGAUAGGACUGGGUGCCCUUCAAGCUCAGCUGGGGGAAAGAUAGAGAUAUUUCAGUGGGCCACCCCCUCUCCUGUCUCUCCACGCCCCCAGCCCCCCGCCCCGCAGAUGCCCUGGAGACGGCGGCCACCUGGCUCCCUCAGAGCUGAACACCCCUGCAGAUGCCCCCACCCCCACCCCCGGCCUGUGUGUCCCCCAGUACUCCCUCCUCCCUCCCAGCACUGUCCUUCUCUCCAGCCCUGUGUUCUGGAGACGGGUGUGGAGAGCAGUAGCCCAGGCCCCGUCUCGCUGUCUGUCUUGGAAUAGAGAGUGUUCGGGGGCGAGUUGGGGGGUCCUUUAGUGCAGCCCAGCUCUGGCUACUGCCAGGUGGGCCUGUGUCUGGGAACCUGCCCACGGUGGGCCCCACUCUGCUGUCCCUGUGCCCAGCUGUCCCUGCAGCCACAUACCUAGUGUCCCCACAGCUGAGGAGAGAGGCCUGGCGGGUCAGGGGCCUAAGGCUCUGCUGCUGGUGACCAUGGCCAAGCCGAAGGGACGACAGACCUCAGGAAGGGCCAGCUCUUCCCUGGCGUCCAUCUCCUCCCACUGAAGUGCGAGCCUGUCCCCAGGGAGAGCCCUAGGCA